AUGGAUUCAGAAUAUACACAAGACGGAUUGAGUCAUGGCAUAAAUACGCUCCAAAGUUUAAGCCAGAUUCAACAUACAGUUUCACUUAACAAUAUGCACUUCAACGAUGACGAAGAUGCAGCCAAUAUCCAAGAUAAUAAUAUAUCACGUGUGUUCGAUUAUUUUUUGCGGUCGUACGUACACACGGGAACUAACGAAAUGGAUGAAGACGAAAUGGACGAUGGAGAUGACGAUGCCUUGAAUGAAAUGUUCCUAUCUUCCACAGAUUCUACCCACGAACUCUAUUACAUGAAGCGCAUCUACAAACUAGUAGUUAAGGAGUCCAGCUCAAGCGAAGUCCUGCCAGUCCAUAUGGACCAUAUUAUGGGUUGGAGGCACGUGAACAUAGAUGCGCCCGUGAACCUGAACGUCCAACUUUAUAGAUACUUGGUGAAGAAUUUUUUGAGAAUGCAAGAACCGUUGGAGGAUGUGUUACAGAACUUAGUGAAUGAGAUCUCCAAUGCAGUAAACAGAGUCCCAAGGAAGUUCUAUUUGCAGUUCUUGCACACGCCGACGAUCAUUUACCCGCUGAGAGAAGUCAAGUGCUUCAUGCUGGGAGAAUUAAUUUGCAUCAGAGGGCAGGUCACGAGAGUGUCAGACGUUAGACCAGAACUAAUUAGAGCAACAUUCCGGUGCAAAACAUGUGGCACAGUUGUGACAGACAUAGUCCAGCAAUUCAAAUACACUACGCCAACUAAGUGCCCAACUAGCAGCUGCCUUAAUAAUAGCGACUGGGAGCUAAUGAUGGACCGGUCAUACUUUUGCGAUUGGCAGAAAAUUAGGAUACAAGAAGUCGCACAAGAAGCUGAAACAGGAGCAAUGCCAUGCAGCAUUGAUGUGAUUAUGAGGAAUAAACUUGUUGAUAGCGUAAACGCAGGAGACAGAGUUCAAAUCUCAGGUUCGCUGAUUGUAGUGCCGGAUAUACCCUCGAUGCUAAACGCCACACAGUUGGGAGAAGUAGCAAAGAAAGUAAUGAGACAGGGAGCAAAGAGGUUUGAAACGUUUUUGUUGUCGCAGGGUAUCACAGGAAUUAGAGGAGUGGGAGUGAAACAACUUAAUCACAAGCUAAGUUUCCUGGCAACCCACGUAACAGUGGUGAAUCAGUUUAGAAACACAUUCCAAGUGGGAGAAGUUGAUGAAAAGUUCUUGAGAGCUGAAGACCUGUUGAACAUCUCAGGAUUCGAAUGGAUCCGUGAAGUUAGCAGUAGCAGAGAUACAAUUGACAGACUAAGCAGAAUAAUAGCCCCGAAUGUUUGGGGCAACUACGAGAUUAAAAAGGGUUUGUUGCUUCUUUUGGUAGGAGGAGUGCAUAAGAGCUCUAGAGAUGCCAAGCUCCGUGGUGAUAUAAACAUGUGUAUUGUUGGAGAUCCAUCGACAGCCAAGAGCCAGUUCCUAAAAUUCGUGGAAAGCUUUGCUCCAAGAGCAGUAUAUACGAGUGGAAAGGGAUCGACAGCAGCAGGUUUAACAGCGGCAGUGUUUAAGGACCACGAUAACAACGAUUAUGUACUUGAAGCAGGAGCUCUAAUGUACGCAGAUGAAGGAAUAUGCUGCAUAGAUGAGUUCGACAAAAUGAACGAAAGAGAUCGAGUGGCAAUCCAUGAAGCAAUGGAACAGCAGACAAUAAGUAUAAGUAAGGCAGGUAUCCAAGCAACUCUAAACGCAAGAGCAUCAGUACUAGCAGCGUGUAACCCAAGAUACGGUCGAUAUGACACUAGUAAAAGCUUUAAGGAUAACGUUAAUAUACCAUCACCACUUUUAUCAAGGUUCGAUCUCCUGUACACGAUCCUUGAUGAAAACAACAACCAGGUUAAUAGGAGAAUCUCUGAGUACGUGUGCGAACGUUACAACAAAUAUACAGCUGAGUCUUCUCCGCUUAUCACAGACCCGGAAUACUUCAACUCACUUAACUUAAAUCCCGACUUAGUGAAUCAGAAUUCAAGUGAUACAAUGCUUUUGGACACCAUGUCAAUGUCCCACGAAGAUGAUGGUGCAACGGCAUAUUCAGCCGCUGACAUGGAUGCUUUCAGCUACUAUAACCUAUCAAAGUGGGACGAAUAUACAAGCGUAAAGUACAUUAACCCAGGCAGGAGAUAUACUCAGACGGCUAUGACAUCCACGAUGAGUAAAACUAACCCAGGGACAACAACGACAACGAGCCAGUCUAGAGAUACGUUGGAUAAUGAUACUGAACAUGAGAUGAACCUGGAUGAACUAAGACUGUAUAUUGAGCUUUGUAAGAGACUGAAACCACUUAUGCAGGAUAGUGCAAAAAGGAAACUGAGUGAAUACUACGUUGAGCUUCGUAAUGGAGACGUUCAGCUAGGAAAGCGUUCACUGAGAAUGACUGUGAGGCAGCUGGAAUCGUUGGUUAGACUUAGUGAAGCUGUUGCCAAGCUAAAGUUCUCCGAUUUUGUCACGUCACACCAUGUUCAGAUAGCCUACGAUAUUUUUAAGUCCUCACUGCUGAAGUUAACCAACAAAACCACAAUCCAACUCACCACGGGCCUUAAAGAUACAUCAAGAUCGUCCCAACCAGAUACAUCCAGAAGAAGCAGUGAAGAGGCUGCUGAAGCUGAACAAGAAUCUGGAAAAGCAUACGAUAACAUGACAAUGAGUAUAGGGUUGGAUAAAUACAACGCAAUAAUCAGUGUGCUUCUGGACAAAGUCGGGGAACACGAACUCACAGGAAACCUGAUUCUGAACAAUGAGUUAAUUGAGUGGUACUUGGAAAACAUACUAGUUCCAAAAACAGAAGAGGAAGCCAAUGAAUGGAACUUGAAAUUGCAGCAUAUAAUCUACAGACUAGCAUUUGUGGAUUCUAAACUAAUAGCUUCCCAGGCCGAUGAAGACCCCGAGAACAUUUACAGACUCAGAGUCCAUCCAAACUACUUCUCCCAUACCCAUCUCUUCACUCAGAAAAAUGACCACUACGUGGAUGAACUAAAGACCUACGACUCGCAACUGGAUGGAGAGGAUCUGACUGGUGAAUACGAUACACUGAACGAUGAAACUUCGAGAACUAGCUAG